AUGGCGGAAAAGCAACAGAACCCUCACAUGGAGCUCGACCCCAAAUAUGACCACUACGACUUCCCAACCACGGCGCCAGAGCCACGACCUGGCCACCCAGGCCACACCACGAAGGAGCAAGAUGCUGCUGUGCACCAGCUACGGAUGAUGCUCGAGCAAGCCGGCUACACUGAGAGACUAGAUACUCUGACGAUGCUGAGAUUCUUGAGAGCACGAAAGUUCAACGUGGAGCACUCGAAGCAAAUGUUCGUCGACUGCGAGAAAUGGCGAAAGGAGUUUGGAGGCGGUGUGGACAACCUCGUCAGGACCUUUCAAUACACCGAGAAGCCGCAGAUGUUCGCCUACUACCCGCAGUACUACCACAAGACGGACAAGGACGGCAGACCGCUUUACAUUGAGCAGUUUGGCAAGAUUGACCUGGAGAAGAUGCGACAAAUCACUUCGGACGAGCGCAUGCUGCAAAAUUUGGUGGUGGAAUACGAGAAGGUUGCGGACCCACGUCUACCAGCGUGCUCGCGGAAAGCCGGAUACCUCCUCGAGACGUCGUGCACUAUCAUGGACAUGAAGGGUGUUGGGCUGAGCAAGGCAGGACAAGUUUAUGGAUACGUGCAGAAGGCUUCGGCUAUCAGCCAAAACUACUACCCGGAGAGAAUGGGUAAAAUGUACAUCAUCAACGCGCCCUGGGGAUUCAGCAGUGUUUUUGCUGUGGUCAAGCGAUUCUUGGACCCGGUCACUGUUGCGAAGAUCCACGUUCUGGGCGGCAGCUAUCAAAAGGAACUGCUUGCUCAGAUACCCGCGGAGAAUCUGCCAUCUGAGUUUGGUGGCAAGUGCAAGUGCCCAGGAGGAUGUCAACUGAGCGAUGACGGUCCAUGGCAAGAUCCGAACUUCGCGAAGCCAGCCAAGUGGGAGCAGCCCCAGAGCAUCCCGGCGACUGAGAGCCACACGGGUGAGGGUCAACCAGCGACGGGCGAAACGAAACCAGCGACUCAAGAGCAACCGGCUGGACAGACUGCACCAGCAGCUCAAUAG